UACCUGUUGGCUGCCGUUGGCUGAGCUGCCGUGUUGUGUGCGAUAUUGCAUAAAAAUGUAAUCGAAAAACUAGCCCUGAAACCUCGUGAACAUGUAAAGAUUUAUCAAUUCCUUUAGUUUUGGCUUAUGAAUAAAAACAGUAUAUAGUUGUAUGGCCGAACUCAACUUGUGCUACCUAUUUAGAAGAAAGAACUGUUGUUGCUUGAAGUUUACAACUUUAUUUUAAUUUUUUAAUGGUUCAAAAUGAUAACAAAUACAUUGUUUCUUUGGUCUCUCUUUUUAGGAACGUUGGCCUCCUCCAUCUCUUUCCAGGUGUCCCUAGCGUCAUCCACUGUUUCCCUGCUGCCUGGGUUACAUCGUCAGCUCAUCGAUUAUAUAGUAAUAGGCAAAUGGUCAAGUGUACGAAGACAAGCGAUGCAGAUGCGUGUGUCCCAGCCCCGCUAUGGUGUUCAACAGCACAGCCAGUCCGCAGCGCAAGCUGUAUAUAGCAGAUGUUCCGCCGAACAAAUGCAACUGCAUAGAAGUGGUGCUGCCGCGUCUCGGCGACUUCAAAGGCCGAGAGGCCGAGUAUUGCCCGCGGUGCGAGUGCAAGUACGAGACGAGGAACACAACCGUCAUUAAAGUGGUGGUAAUAACUGUGGUGUGGCUAACCGCCCUGUUGCUUGUAUACGCCGGUUUUCUCACCUGUUUGCAACCACUCAUGCGCAGAAAACGGACUUACAAGGACCAUUCAACUGAAGAGGUCCGUCAGCAUCUUUUGCAAAGUUACGACGACGAAGACUGAACAACAAAUGCUUUAAUUCAGGACUAGCUAUACAAAUACUCCACUUAAAAUACGAGGGCCCGAUAUCACUUGAAUUGAACCGGUCAUUACUAGAGAGCGGAUUUCUGGUAGCAAUUUAAAUAUUAAUAUGGAUGGAUAUGACUCGCAUAAAUUAUUAUUUUUCUACACACAAAAAAUGAAUCGAAUCAAAAGUAAAACCCUUUCUGAGUGCUUUUGUGAAUGUUGGACAAAAAUUAUGAUGAAAAUAAAUUUAAAAAAUAAAUAAUAUUGUCUUCGGUUACCGCGAUAGUUACUCGCUAAGGAGAAGCGAUAUAUACCCAGAAUGUUGCGAGAGGCCAUUGAGAUCAAGA